GCACGGCAAGCUCAGGGGAGGGCUCCUUUGGGCUCCUCCUCACAAUCGUCAUUGGAUACCUAGAUCUCCAGGACAACCAACAACAAGAAAGCUGAAGUGCUGUAGCUGGACAGCAGCUGGCUGUCAGCAGCCGGGAGCUAGCACCAGGAGGUGCCUGAGUGAGGAGCAGCCGCCUGUCAGGCAGGAAAGCAGCAGCGCUGGUGAAGAAGUCAAGGUGGUGGCCAAGGGACUUCCAGGAGAUACACAGAGGCUCUAUACUGGGGCACCUCUUCGUGGCUCCCCAUUAUCUGAGCUCCCAGGUCUCAGGACGUGGCACACAAGUGAGAAAGCUCUCCUGACCACCAACCUCCUGCCUGCUUCUGCUUUUAAGGAGUGUCUCCAUUGGGUUCGGAGGCAAUGUGGGCACAGUGCCAGUCAAGCUGAACAAGCCAGACCAAACCUAGGUGAAGAGGGAGGACCGGCAGGAGCCCUACCAACAUGGCAGCCACAGACUUUGUGGGGGAGAUUCGCUCUGUGGGAGAGCGGCUGCUGCUGAAACUGCAACAACUCCCUCAGGCGGAGCCCGUGGAGCUCGUGGCCUUCUCCAUCAUCGUUCUUUUCACAGCUACCGUCUUAGUGCUGCUGUUGAUAGCCUGCAGCUGCUGUUGUGUCCACUGCUGCUGCUCUGAGAGGAGAGACGGGAAGACCCCGGUGCGGCCCAGAAAACCCAGAUGAGAAACAACAGCAAGAGGAGAAGCUGAAGAGAAGCUGGUCAAGAGCCUUCCAGUAUGGUGACACAGGCUAUCACCAUGGCCACCUAUUCCUCCAGACAACGGCUACCUGGCCCCAGUUCUGGCACUUCCCGGGGCGACAGGUCAGACAUCUGGAGCCUUAUCAAGGAAACAAGUGUUGUUCAAUCUGCUGGUGGCACAGUGCUUAGCUGGAGCUGACUGUUGACACUAAGAACACCACCUGGGCCUUCAGCUAAGCUGACCUUUUAAGGCCCCAUACUUCAACACUUGUUGGGGGCUCUGACGACUUAUGCCAAAGAGAAGUUAGCUAAUCGGGGAUUUUGUGCAAUUUAUUAGAUCUCCAAGCCUCUUGCUGAGGGGGAGGAACAUGGCAGUAUUCUGGUUGAAAUUUGUCUGCUUAUUUCCAAGUAAACACUUUUUGGUUAUGUGUU